GCCCUGGCUAUCCUAGUUCAGCCGAUCGUUGUUUAUCUCCUGGAUAAGAAGAACCUACGCAAAUUUUCCGCCCCCUCGUGUGCUGGAUUCUCAUCGUUAUGGAGAAUGUUCCACAACUUGAAAUUCCAGCAUUAUCUUGCUGUGCAUAAAGCCCACGCGCAACUUGGCUCCCAUGUUCGCAUCGCCCCGAAUCACAUUUCUAUCUCCGACCCACAAGCAGUUACCGAUAUCUACGGUCAUGGCGCGAACUUCUUGAAGGACGCAUGGUACGACGGAGGUGCUGGCGAGCAUCGCCACAUGGCAGAUGCACGCCUCAAGGCUGAACACCAGAGGAAACGAAAGAUGCUUGCACAUCUCUUUGCUCAGAAGACAAUUGCAGGUCUUGAGCCAAUCGUCACGGCGACCACGGGAAUUUUGGUUGCACAGGUUGAUAAGCACGCCAUCUCCGGGCAACCAAUCAACAUGCGCCGUUAUCUCAACUAUUAUACCAUCGACCUCUUCGCUGAACUUCUUUACGGCCGCACACUAGGUUGCUUGGAGCGUGGUAAUGAUUUGGUGGACGCGGAAACCCCGGAGGGCAAAGGAUACCAAGCCCCAUUCAUCAAGAGCCUUCAUGAUGCCACCAUCAUCAACACCAUACUAGGAAUGGAGGCUGGUCUUCUCCCUCUCACUAAGAGGAUUUUCUCCCGCCACCCGUACAAAAAGGCGGGCGCAGAUUACGAUAACAUCAUCUUGCACAAUACGAACAGGAGGGUGCAGGAUCCCGCCGCGGAGAACGACAUAUUCUCAAAACUGCUGACCAACACCAAAGGAGAGGAUCUCAACCUGUCAGCGGGUGAAAUCCUAGCGGAGUGCUCAGUCAUGAUGAAUGCUGGCACCGAUACCACGACUGCUGCCCUAACCAAUACGAUCUACCUUCUCUACAAACACCCUCAGGUCCUGGCAAAGCUGCGAAUAGAGCUAGAUGCUGCCGCUGGAACUUCCGAUGUUCCAAGCUACGACUCGCUAGCGUCCUUACCCUACCUCCGAGCCUGCAUUGAAGAGUCCCUCCGGGCCCUCCGGGUCCGCCCUGCAAGUUCUUUUGGCUUGCCACGAGUUGUGCCAAAAGGUGGUCGCUAUAUCGCGGGCCAGUUUGUUGCAGAGGAUGUCACUGUCUCAGUACCAACUUACACUCUACUCCGGGACCCGGUCGCAUUUGACAAACCAAACGAUUUCAUCCCAGAAAGAUGGAUCGAUGGCGACAAGGAGAGAAUGAACAAGGCACAUUUUCCAUUCAGCACUGGUCCUCGCGCAUGCAUUGGGCGAAACAUUGCGUACUUUGAGCAGUUAAUUGUCAUUGGUACCCUGGUGCGAUUGUUUGACUUUGAGUUCCUGACCGAGGACCUUGAGUUAGAGACGAUUGAGAGAUUCAAUUCAAAUCCUGGAGAGCUGGAGUUGAUUGCUCGCAGGCGUUGGAUUUGA